GGCUGGAGCUGCACCUGGGACAGAGGGCAGGGGAAGCAGAGCAGGGCAGAUGGGUGAGGAGCAGCCUCUCACCCCACCAUGGGGGAGCCAUGUCAGACCAAGAUGGACACAAGAGCUGGAGGUGUUACAGGGAUGCCCACAGGUUUUUUCUUACAUUUAGCCCACAAGCUCCCCAUCAAGAGCAACCAAUCCCAGAGAGUUCCUGCCUAGACCAUCACUCACUUCAGCCAAGCCCCAGCCUCCCUGCAUGUGACCUCUCCUGUGUCACCUCCCAUGGAGAACAGUCCCAUAAUGUAGCAUAGGACAAAAGGGUGCAGCUCCAGCCCCAGACAUGUCCUGCUACACCCCGUGCCGUCCCUGCCAGCCCUGCGGCCCGACCCCGCUGGCCAACAGCUGCAAUGAGCCCUGUGUCAGGCAGUGCCAGGACUCCACUGUGGUCAUCCAGCCCUCCCCUGUGGUGGUGACCCUGCCCGGGCCCAUCCUCAGCUCCUUCCCACAGAACACCGCCGUGGGAUCCUCCACCUCCGCUGCCGUUGGCAGCAUCCUCAGCUCUCAGGGAGUGCCCAUCAACUCCGGGGGCUUUGGCCUCUCUGGCCUGGGCAGUGGCCUCUGUGGCAGGAGCUGCCUCCCCUGCUAAAGCUGCUGCCCAUGGCCCUGGCAAGGAACCCAGGGACACACAGGAUGGUACAAGCCCAGGGAUAGAGCAUCAGUGCUCUCUUCACUGGGAUCUCCGCUCAGAGUGACUUCUUUCUAA